AUGAUUGAUAAUAAAAAUUUUCAGCAAUAUUAUUUCUAUAUAAGAGCUAUUAGACCUGAACUUACAACAAUUGUUAAAAAAGAAGCUAGUCUUCUGUUUGAAUACCUAUUUCCUAAUGAAGAUAUAAAGAAAUUUAGAAUACAGUUGAUUGAUUGGAAUAAUCAAGCAUAUUCAUUUGAUUAUGAUGUACCGGAAUUAGCUAUUUUUGCUGUAAAAAUUAUAUCAAUACUACCUACCUCUGCUAAAAGUGAAAGAAAUAAUUUACAUCAUAUUGUUUAUAAUAAAGAAAAUAGACUUGAUCAAAUUAUUCAAGUUAAUACAGCUAAUUCUAACAAAGCAAGUCUUGAAAAUACUGUACCGAAUGUUGAAUUUGAUGAUAUGGAAAAUAAUGAUGAUAAUUUGGAAGAACAAUCCGAAGAAAACAUAAUGCAAACGAUUGAAAAUAUUGAUAACUUUAAUACUAAUGAUCAAAUUGUAUAUAAUGAAGCUGUAAUUAAAUCUUCUGUUCAAGCGACUCAUAGUAUUCAAGAAAAAACUUUAGAAAAUUGUAUUAAAU